CUCCUCACCCUCUUGAUUAGAAUAAUGGAAGAAACAGAUCGACAGUUCGAACAGUCUUCUCUUUCUCUCCAUUUUUGAACCCUGCCAUCCCCCGUCCGUGUCUUACCUGAACCGACCUGCGUCGUGUCUGGAUAAUUAGUGGGCCGCGCGUGACCAAUAUUUUCUAUGAUUUUUUAUGGAUCCAAAGAGAAGGUGACGCGUGGAGGUGAGGGCGGCUGGCCGCGUCAGACGUCCGAUCACCGGUCAUACUUAUCUUACUAACCGGCUACCCCCUGUCGCCUCCGGCCUCCUCCUCCUAUAUAUGAUCGCACCCACCCAUCACUUCCCCCGACUGCCCUUGUUGGUCUCACUCUUCUCGUUGCUCUAUUCCUCUCAUCUACAACACCACAAGAACAUAGAUAGAAGAGGCGAUCAAGAACAUGCCUCUGUGGAUGAACAUGGUGACGGCAGCUGCAGCGACUUCGGUGGUGGCCGGGCGGAGUAAGGAGAUGGCCCGAGUCACGGGGCCGUGGAGAGCGGAGGAGGACGAGGCGCUGUUGCGUCUGGUGGAGCGGCAUGGUCCGAGGAACUGGUCGCUGAUCAGCCGGUCCAUCCCCGGGCGGUCGGGCAAGUCGUGCCGCCUCCGGUGGUGCAACCAGCUGUCGCCCCGGGUGGAGCACCGCCCCUUCACUGCCGAGGAGGACGAGGCCAUCGUCCGCGCCCACCGCCGCUUGGGCAACAAGUGGGCCACCAUCGCCCGCCUCCUCUCCGGCCGCACCGACAACGCCAUCAAGAACCACUGGUACUCCACCCUCAAGCGCAAGUCCUCGCCGCCGCCGGUCGACGACGCCGAGGGGUUUGCCAUGGCAGUGGAUCUCAAGGACGCGCCGGCGGAAAGGCCGUUCAAGAGGGCGAGCUGCGUCGGGGCGGCGUACACGUCUGCGGACUUGGUGAUCUGCCUGAGAUCCGGGAGCCCGUCCAUGUCGGAUGUGAGAGACUGCAACCAUCCGGCUGUGUGUCUCGUUAACCGUCCGGUUCUGAGGACCGGUGGAGUUGCUGCUUCUCCUCCACACUUGGCCUCUUCCGCUGCCAACGCGGUCGAUCCCUCGACGUCCUUGACGCUGUCACUUCCCGGAUCGGAUCACGUGGGCACAUUCAACCGCCACCAGGGCAGGAGCAGCAGCCACAACCACAACCACAGCCAGCAUGAAACGACCGCCUCUGGCCACAGCACGCGGCAUCUGCCGUUCCGACUCAGCGGCGAGCAUUUGGCGGUAAUGCAAGAGAUGAUCCGCAGCGAGGUGAGAAGUUACUUGUCAGGGCCGGACCACAGCAACGUCAUGCGAACGCAGCCGCCGCCCGGGACGGCCAUCCGUGGCGCCGCCAUCAAAGGUGUUGGCUUUCGACCUGUACAGUGAAAGACAACAUGUGAGACGAGAAAAACGAAAAGAUAAUCUUUAUCUCUUAUUCUGAGCACGACGAACAGUGUUCCUUCGCAGCGAACCGAUGCGGCCGGUGACAGCUGAUUGAUAUAACCCUUGUAUGCCUCAUGUCAUUGUUCAACACACAGGAAGACGAGGUGGACUUAGCGAGGCAGCUCAAUGGAGUUGGAACCUCAAGAGUGAAGGCUGGUAGGAAUAGCAAUGGCUAUCACCAGCCAACGAAGCAGCAGCAGCAGCGAUGGGAGAAAGCAUAAACAGAAGAAGAAAAGAAGUCAAACGCUGAUAAAAGGCAUCACCGAAGGAAGUUGUUGAAGAAAUCUGAUUCCAUGCGAAGAUGGAUACCAAUCUGUCUUUGGCGCAGCAGAGAGAAGAGCUUCUGGAGGGCUUCAAGGAGGGAGUCGAUUUAAUUGUGAGUGUGGAGGUCUACUAGCAAGAAUGUGGGUCAGUAUUGGCUCCUGUGAGUGACAAGUCUGUGUUUAAAGCCAGAUCUGAUACAAGACCAAAGGGGGACUAGGGUUCACCGGGUCCCGUGUUCCGAAAGGAGAGAGAUUACCUUUGAAUUGGAUCCAGCUUCGCGUGCUUACCUUAGGAGGAGCUUCUUCCUUUAACCUCUUGGAGGCGGAUGCUCUCACGCCUAGUAAAGCCUGGAGGCAACGGAACACACCAGACUCGGAAUGAUAAGCACCGACACAAGGAAAACUUAGAAUGCCUUAACCUGCAAGCCUGACAGCAAAAAGCAGACAAAGAGUGUGCAAUAUCAGAAAUAGUUAUAUCGUAACAAAACAAUCUAAGAUGAACAAGAAAAGGUAGAAGUGACUGA